AUGUGGGAAAAUCGUCGUCACUUGUCAGUACACGCCCACCUUGACAACACCCUCGAACAACCCCUGGUUUCCCACACACACACACACGGGAUAAAAGUGUUAAAGCACAGGGUCCAAACAAUUGUUGCAGAUCUGGAGAUCCUCUCAUCUCCAAAAGCGGAUUGCCCAUGCUAA